AGAGAGAGAGAGAGAAAGGCUUUUCGGUUGCCUCGUUUUCCGCCGCAAACUUGAGCCCAUCUCAACGCUGCGAGUUACGGCGAGCACCGACACCGAGAGAGCCGGGGGGAACCGGAGCGACGGAGCACGGAGAAGAGAGGGAAGAGAAGCCGGUGAAGCAGCGGCGGCGGCGGCGGACGCUACACACACACACCAAAAAAAAAGUUUGGCCGUGUAUCACCUAGUUUUCCAGAUUGGGAACUAGAGGAGAGAGAGAGAGAGAGGAGGAGGGUGGGGGGGAGCUAGAGGCCGAGAGACUGACUUGACUUUCCACUAGCAAGCUUUGCGGAAUUCAUCCAGUUUUUUUUAAAGCAAACUUUAGCCGCUAAAACAGGAAGAAUGAAAACACCUGGAGACAGUGGGUUUGCUUUCCCAGAAUGGGCCUACAAGCCCGAGUCGAGCCCCGGGUCCAGGCAGAUCCAGCUGUGGCACUUCAUCCUUGAGCUGCUGAGGAAAGAGGAAUAUCAUGAUGUCAUCGCCUGGCAGGGGGACUACGGCGAGUUUGUCAUUAAAGACCCAGAUGAAGUGGCCCGGCUCUGGGGGGCCAGGAAGUGUAAACCCCAAAUGAACUACGAUAAGCUGAGCAGGGCACUGAGAUACUACUAUAACAAGAGGAUCCUCCAUAAGACCAAAGGCAAGAGGUUCACCUACAAGUUCAACUUCAACAAGCUGGUGUUGGUCAACUAUCCCUUCAUUGACAUGGGCUCCACUGGAAGUGGUGUUCCUCAGAGCGCCCCACCUGUCCCCACUGGCGCAGGGACCCAUUUCCGUUUCCCUCCUUCCACGCCCUCCGAAGUCCUCUCCCCCAACGAGGACCUGCGCAGCCCCAGCGGCAUGUUCAGCUCUGUGGCCCGACGAAUGGCCCGCGGCUCUGUCAGCGAUUGUAGCGACGGCACCUCGGUCAAUUCUGAAAUUGAGGACGGCAACCCAGGAGCAGGAGAGGAGAGGGGAGAGAGGGGUGUGAGUGGGGGAGGAGGAGGACCCGGUGGUGGAGGAGGCUACCGGAGCAUCAUCCAUCCCCGUCUGUCUCAUGAGUCUCUGUUCCGCAUGUAUGGAGGGCCAGGCAACCCUGCUGGGCACCCAGGCUCUCGAGGCCCCACUGGGCACCGUAUUCACACAGAGCCCCUGUCGCCUUUCCCUGUGUCCCCUCUGCCCGGGCCGGGAGGAGCCGGCCUCCUCGCUCCUCCUCUAUCCCCAGCACUCAGCAUGACCCCCACAUCUCACCUUCCCUACACUCCCUCACCCACCCUGUCACCCAUGUUAGGCUCCCACUUCUCCUUCAACCCAGAGGACAUGAAGCGCUACCUGCAGGCCCACACCCAGUCGGUGUACAACUACGGCCUCAGCCCCAGAGCUUUCCUCCAGUACCCCAACAUCGUCAUCCCUCAGCCGCACCGGCCCGCCGCAGACAAGGCUAGCCUGACCGGAGAGAGAGCAAGCGAGAGAGCAGACAGAGCGGCAACAGCAGGUGGAGAGAGGGGAGGAGAUCGGCACCACCAUCCACCUCUGGCUCACUCAGCCCACCAUCACCCCCACCCGCCUCACACUGCCCACCCUCACCCUCACCCCCAUUCCCAUCCGAUGCAUCACCCACUCCACCUGGGUGAGGAGCCGCCACACAUGUCUCCCUUCAAGUUCAAGCUGCAGCCACCACCACCGGGCAGGAAGCAGAGGGAUGGUCAAAGCCAGAGUAAACCCAGGCAGAGCUCACUCUCCUCAGGCUCAGGAUCCGGGUCCAUGUCGUCUACAUCUGGCCUUGGCUCCUCGCUGUCAUUUGGCAGUGACCUGAGCUCAGCUAGCGGCUCGGGCCUCAUCUCUGCCUCUUCCUCAACGCAGUCCUUAAACAGUGCAGGACUUCCCAAGAUUAAGGUGGAGCCCAUCUCUGAUAUAGAGUCAGAGGAAGAGGUGGAGGUGACUGACAUUAGUGAUGAGGACCCAGAUGAGAGAGAUGAGGAAUUUGACCGCUACUCCUCUCGCCACUCCAGAGCUCAGAACCACCACCAUCACCACCACCACCAUCACCACCUCUCUAAUGGCUCAGCUGCUCACUCACACCAACCCCAUCCUGAUGAGGACCUGGACGAGGACGUCUUCAAAGCACCCGCUCCACCUCCACCUGGCCUGAUGCCCUUCUUCACCUCCCAGCAUGCACACUCCAAUGUGCACCGCGUGCUGCCCACCCUCAAGACUGAGCCUGUCGAGCCUGGGGACAGUAACACACCCCCACCUCAGACAGGCUCAACGGGAACUUCCCAGACCAAGUGCAUCCCCCUCAAGCUACGCUUCAAGAGACGCUGGAGCGAAGACCAGCGCAUGGAAGCCUCACAGGAAGAGUCGGACGAUAAGAAAGUCCGACCACAGGAGGGGCAAAGCAAUGGCCGGAUGGAGAUGGAGGAAGAUGGGACGGGCAGUGGUGAAGGGGACAGUCCUCCCCCUUUAGCGUACGAGGGCUCUUUAGCCACACCGUUGGCCUCACAUCGCAGGGUGAGUGCUGAGCUGCAUCGUGCCACUGCACAGCUGUCUCUGGAGAACAAAGACUGCUGAUGAGAGACACGGCCCAAACACUACUGCUCCAGUAGCACUGGAGGUGGUACAGGAGUAUGUAAAUGGUUCCUCUGUAAUCCCUCUCCCACGCUGACAAACUAGAUUCCCGAAGCCUCUAGUAAGAGCACAGUCUAACAAACAUACAUAAACCUCAAAGACACCCUAACUAUUCUGUCAGAUCCCCCUCACCAAUCCUCUGUCUGGAUCAGGGUUCUUCUGGGACACAUCCUUUGGGAGGAAGGGACUCACUCAGAUUCAGCCAUCCCAGGCACAAUGACUGUAACAGGGCUGAAAUCAGAGGGAGGCUCCCUCAUGGAGCUCCAAGUUCACCUCCCACCUGGCCAGUGAAGCUCCAGAUGCCCUGCCCCAGUAGCAAAGCUCCCACCUCUGGCCCCCAUCAGUAGGAUAGGCAGUCAGUCUCACUUUCCUCAGGGGACUCGUACUCCCUUACAACCCAGCAACAAACCUAGAAUGACGGUCUGCACAAUCUCCCCUCUGCUUCUUUUCCUAUAAGACGACGGGACUUCGAUAAGUGCCUGUAUCUAAAACCCACAGACCUGGAAUGACACAGGAACAGAGCAAAGAAGGGGAGCAUGUGCAAGAAGGACUGCUAUUAGUAAUCAUUCUUUACACUCAUGAAAUCCUUGUCACGUUUGGCAGAUACUGAAAAAUCGUGGGGAUGAAAAGGAAAAGUGGGUGUCCAAGACUGGAGAAUGGGGCUGUAGGGUGUUGUCUGAUUGACAGAACUACUCUUAAACCUGGCCCACUCCACUCAGGGAAGCCUAUUGCUGUAUGUUUAUUGGAUUCAUGCACACACACACACGAGCAAAGAAAUGGAAAAAAACAAAACAAAAAACAAACCCAGCCAACAGUACUCACAUUGGAAGAAUUGCUUAUGGACACUAAACAGUGUUCACUGCAACACAAGAUCACACAAACACACACACACACACACAUACACAACCUCACACACAGACUUUGAAUCUGGCACACUGUCCUCUCAGAGCUUUUGACUUUUGUAUAACCUUCUGUCUCUCUCCUAACCUGCCCCUCUUUCUCUCGCGGACCACCUGUAGAGUUCAUUCACUGAAGUAAUUUUAGCCCAGGGGAGAUGUGAGAAAAGAAGGAAGGUGAGGACAAGAGAAGACAUACUUCAGUGUAGAGAAAAUGCUGCUAAGGGGGGAGACAAGGGGAAGGCAGCAGGGGGAGGAAGGGGCUGAGGUGUUCCAAUAACUGCUAACUAGCCUUCUCACCUCACCUAACAUGGCUUGUAUACUGAAAAUCGUUUCCCCAGCAGCACAGAAUCCUAGUUCACCAGCUUGAGCUCCUCUAACAAUCAUAGAUAGUGUUAAACUAAACCAGCAAAUGUUCAUACAAAGGCGCACACACACGCACAUACACACACAGAUGCACAGCACUGCCUUUAGCUCUUAAACACGCUCCCUCUCUCUCCAUCUGGACCUCCAGCUCUCCCUGUAGUGGCGACAUCAUCGGGUCUGGAGAUCGUGUUCGACUCCCGGGGGCCCUUCACACGAGCGUAAGAGCCUGAGAGAGCAGAGGAUCACCUUAGACCUCACACACACACACACUCACACACUCACACUCACACUCACACUCACACUCACACACUGCCUCUCUAUGCCUUGUUUUUAUAGCAUGUACAAAAGUGCAAACUGAGCUCUAAUAAACACACAUGCAGACUAUAUCUUUAUAUAUUCUAAAUGAAAUUAUUAAAACAAGUGAGAUUUUAAAGAAGCAUAUCAUUUUCAUGAUAUGAUUGAUUCAGGAUUUUUUUGUAAGUGGACUAAUUUGAGUGUCAUGCCACUCAUCAGAUAAUAUGAUAUGGAGGGUGGGUGAGCAGCAUAAAGAGGGGUGGGGUGUGGGAGGACUUCUGGGUUUCUCUUGUACAUUUGUUUCAUAGACAAACAGGCCAGAAAAAAACACCACAGGCCAGUCUACCAGAAGACCAGCAGAUAUUUAAAAAAAAAAGAAACAGGACUGGAACAGACUGGUAAUGAUUCAGAUGUGUGGUUCACUCUGCUGUUCACUUCAUUUGCAGUAGCUUGCCCUUUUAGCACACAGCACUCUGCUUGUUCCUGUCUGUACAGCCUAACUCAGCCCAGUUGGGUUCUCCCGAGCCUGAGCUGUCCUGACCCCAGGCCACCUCUCCUGGCCUCGAGUGUGAGUGUGAGUGAGAGUGUGAGUGAGAGUGUGAGUGUGAGUGUGAGUGAGAGUGUGUGUGAGUGUGAGAGAGAGAGAGAGAGAGAGUGUGUGUGUGUGUGUGUCAACUCAGAGUCAGCUGGUGGGUUAUUAGUGAAGUAGUCAUCCUGUCUUUUCUCUUAGGCCAGUUAGCAUAAAGCUCCAAAGUUCGCAGCAACUCUUAAUUGGGGCAAAGGAGAGCGAGAAGGGGGGGGGGGGUGAAGCGGGGUUGAGGCGGGAUUGAAGGGUUAAUCAUUACUGAAGAUAGCCUGGAAACGUGUGACAUGUGAAGACCUGUCCUGAAACGCACUCUCCUCCAACUAUGCACACACACACACACACACACAACAGAUUCCUUGACACACACAC